AUGAAUUGUUGGUUGUUGCAGACAGUUGCUGAUCGGGAGAAGGAUGAUUCAUACCGGCACAGUGCUCUGGAAGUAAUGGUGUCGUUGUGCGAGAAUGCGGCGGGUAUGGUGAAGAAGAAAGCGGCACAGUUCAUCCCACCGCUUUUGGAGCAGUGUCUCAGUCUGAUGACGGAACUCGAUGAUAACACCGAAGAAUGGCUAAACUGCGAUAAUGCUGAUGAUGAGAACGGAGAAGAUCUGAUGACGGAACUCGAUGAUAACACCGAAGAAUGGCUGAACUGCGAUAAUGCUGAUGAUGAGAACGGAGAAGACAGUGCUGGUAUCGGCGAAUCGUCACUGGACCGUAUCGCAUGCAGUUUGGGUGGAUUUGUGCUGGAUCCAUUCCUGCCGACUGUGCUGCGCCUCAUGCAGGAUGUGAGUAACUGGAAAAAUCGUUAUGCUGCAAUUAUGGCAAUUUCGACGAUUGGUGAGGGCUGCAAGCGACAGAUGGAGCCGAUUAUCGUGAAAAUCGUCAACGAUAUCCUACGUUAUCUGGUCGAUCCGCAUCCACGCGUUCGAUAUGCCGCUUGUAAUGCACUGGGUCAAAUUUCAACGGAUUUCGCGCCAACAAUGCAGAAAAAAUGUCAUGAAAAAGUUGUUAAUGGCCUGUGCGGUCUUAUGAUUGACUUGCGUUGCCCCCGUGUUGCGGCUCAUGCAGGCGCUGCUCUGGUGAAUUUCAGUGAAGAUUGCCCAAAAAGUAUUAUCACCAUUUAUCUGCAGCAAAUGAUGGAGAAUCUGGAAUUUGUCCUGGAACACACUUUCAAACAGGUAUUUUUUCUGUUGGCAUUUGGUUUGGUGCAGUGA